AUGCCUCCGUCACGGAAUGCCAUGAUCUAUGUUGCCAGCAUGAACAGUGCAGUAGACAAGCGGUGUACUCUCGCAGUUUGUGCUUUAAUGAUGAAGGCAGUACAACCCUUAGGCCUCAGCGGCGCGGUUUCGCGGGCAGGGGAGGGGCAGCAGCCGCUUUCAGAAGCACGUUCCAAACGGCAAGCAGGUUUCUCAGCCGCAGGGAGUGUGGAUGUGGCAGUGCCACAGCAAAAACAGCAAAACCCCUGGGGCUCGCUGCCGCCACUGCGGGACAUCAAACCUGACAACAUACUACUGGAUGAGCACGGACAUGUUCACAUCACUGACUUUAACAUAGCAACCAUAGUGAAAGGCUCUGAAAAAGCUUCCUCUAUGGCUGGCACAAAACCCUACAUGGCUCCAGAAGUGUUCCAGGCCUUUAUGGAUGGAAGUCCAGGAUACUCAUACCCAGUAGACUGGUGGUCACUAGGAAUUACAGCAUUUGAAUUACUGAGGGGUUGGAGGCCCUAUGAAAUUCAUUCAGCCACCCCCAUUGAUGAGAUACUCAACAUGUUCAAGAUAGAAAGAGUUCACUACUCAUCUGCAUGGUGCAAGGGCAUGAUAACAUUACUGAAAAAGCUCCUCACUAAGGACCCAGAGUGCCGUCUUUCAAGCCUUGCAGACAUCCAAAGUUCUCCAUACCUAGCUGAUGUCAACUGGGAUGCUGUUCUAGAGAAAGCUGUGACCCCAGGCUUUGUUCCAAAUAAAGGAAGACUGAACUGUGAUCCUACAUUUGAACUUGAAGAAAUGAUUUUAGAGUCCAAGCCUCUACAUAAAAAGAAAAAGCGACUUGCCAAAAACAAAUCCAAAGACGGAACUAAGGAAACCUGCCCUCUGAACGUACACCUGCAGCAGUGCUUGGAAACCGUCAGGAAAGAAUUCAUCAUAUUCAACAGAGAGAAGUUAAGAAGACAGCAGGAUCAAAGUGGACAAACUUCCAGCAUGGAGAGCAGAGCAUCCCUUCAGAGCCAUGAGAAACUCCAGGAUGGACAUAACAACAAUUUACUGGGACACGGCUGCACAAGAGGCUGCAGCAGCUAG